UUAAGCAUAAGUAGAUCAAAGUUCAGUAAACGGUUGUGUCUCAGCUUCGUAUAAAUAAUGUUGAUAUGACGUUUUCCAAAUGGAAAUAUGGUGGUGGAUUUGUGACUUUCAUUUGUGACUUUUGCAGAAAGAAAUCAAUUCAGAUGGCUUAACUAGCCUUUACAUUUAAUAGAUUGAAAUAUUUUACGGCAUCUGGUACGAAUGAGUUUGGGUUUCGGUUUUUUUUUUUUUUUUUUUUGUUUUUUUUUAUUUAUUUUUUUUUUUAUUUUUUAGUUGUUUCUUUUUCUUUUUUGAAUAAUCAUAAUCUGCAUAUUGGAACGAAAACCUGAUCUUCAUUUCGUUUGUUAUACCUAGAAAUUCAGAAUUACAUCCCGUUAGUAAUUUGGAAUGCUUGUUUUUAUGGAUUUUGAUCAUAGUAAUCAUUUGUUUUAAAUACAACGUCUAUUUUUCAAAAUUUACCAACCUGUUUCAGAAUAAAGAUUAUCUCUUCAUGCACAAAUAGGAAUAAUUGAUAGCAAUUUUAGCUGCAGAUUAUUGUACUUUUAAAAGUUUAGCAUUAUCAUGAACAGAGCAGCCCGGACAAGUGAAGCAUAUUGAAGUGUAGGUCUAAUAAAUGCCGUGUACAAUUUUACCAAUUCUGAACUGAAGCUUUUUUUAAACGACCCCCUUUCAAAAAAAAAAAAAAAAACAUCAACCAAUGUUUACAAUGCAAUCAAUGUAUUCAAACCACCUGAGGUUGUGUGAAAAUAACAAGCCCAAAUGACGAUGGACUGGAACACAUUCUAACCUUGGAAAAAUAAUCAAGGUGAAAUAGAGUUGUUUUUCUUAGUGAAAUAAACAAGGUUUGUCUAAUAUGGAUUGAAUAUUUGAUUAAAAUACUCCAGUUCGAGAUAAUAGCUAUUCAGUGUAGAAACUACAUUUAGUGGAAAUCUGAAUGCCUAAUUGGGACAGUGGACGUACAAUCAGUUACGAAGAUGAUAAAAUGUAUUAAAAGGGGUUUCUGUUUAAGUAUCAUGAGUGGCAGGAUAUCUUCCCAGAUGGGUGAAACUCAUGCAUCAACAACGAAAGAAGAAACAUCAAAUGCUACAGUAUCAAAUGAAGAACAAACGGAAUCGUCGAAUUUCCAGGCAUGUUUGGAAGAUUCUAGCUUUUCCACCGCGGAUGACUUUGAGCAUGUUGAAGCUAUGUUCUCCACUCUGAUGGAAAAUCCACAGCAUGAUUCUCAGGAAACCAUUCCACUUUCCAAUGAAUUACGUCGAGCUAUCACAAAUAUGGAGGACAUUGACGACGUAGACAACUUAAUCGGUAAUGUCAUCAAUUCCAUCCAGGUUGAUUCAUCGUAUGACGAGGAUCUUUAUUGUAUUGAACAAGCUGUGAGUAAAGACAAUCCUGAAGACGGUCAUAUAAUAAAGGACAGAUCACUUGCAGUAGAGGGUAGCCAUGCAAAAGGAUUUGGGUCAAAAACAGACGAGCAAAUCAGGAAAAAAGACAGAAUCAAAAAGGACAACCACAACAUUAUUGAGCGAAGACGAAGAUACAAUAUCAACGACAGAAUCAAAGAAUUGGCGAUUCUUUUACCACCAACGACUCAUCCAGCAAUGAAACUGAAUAAAGGGUCUAUCUUAAAAGCAUCAGUGGAAUAUGUAAAGGAAUUGAAACGUGACCAAAAGAAACUGGCUUCAUUUGAAGCCAACCAGAAGGCAAUAGAGGCUAAAUACCAGAAAAUGUUGAGAAGGAUAUUUCAACUAGAACUGAAGAUGAAAUUAUAUGGAUUAACACAAGAGAAAUCGAUUCAAACGAAGAGGAAGAAACGACCACGAAGACGGAUUUGCGAAAUAGAUGCAAUGGUUGAUGAUUUAAUGAAGAACAGUCUGUCACAGAAAGCAGAUAAAAGGUUUGGGAAUCGUCAGAUCAAUCGACAGUCUACAUUUGACAGUAAAUCUAAUUGCAGUCCAAAUGUAGCAAAAACAGGUUUAAGGAACUUCAUUAACAAGAGAAUAUCUGGAAUCACCAAAAGCAAGGACCACAUGAAAACAUCUCAAAGUACAACAAAACUGGAAACUGAAUCGACAGAACACUAUUCUAGUUCAAGAUGUGAAGAGUAUGCUGGGAAAAGAGGUCAGGAGGGAAAUAGCGAAAUUUCGGCCUUCAUGCAGACUUCUCAUUUCCCAGAUCAAGUGGAGUGCAAGGAACUGCAUCUUACGAUUCCUGAACAAACAUACAUCCCACAAAUUGAAGACAUGGUUGGAUCUACUCAACUGCCACCCAAUGCAGAGUUAAGCUUGGAUCAAUGCAAUAUUCUCCUAGAUUUGUUAGGAACAGACCAAUUGACCAUACUUCAAACCGAGGCAGAAUCAGAUUCCUCUCCUACAUCCGUUCCUUCCCCUUCUCCAAGUGAAGAUAGGUCUUCAUCUACGCUAUCCCCCUUGUCGGUGACAACAAAUAUGCUGGAGGAAUUACUUCGGAAAUCUGACGGAUCUCCUUCGUCUUUUGAGUCGCAUUCUUCGGAGAAUUCUACUGAGUGAACGGGAGAUCAAUAACCUCAGAAAUUGUGUAGACUGUGCAAAGCAUUGCUGUUGGCAGCCGCGUAUCCAAAUUGGUAGACAUACUAGUAAUCAUUAUAUUAUUUCUGUAUUUUAACACAAAAAUAUAUGUGUAUUAUCUUAUGAAAGACUGGUGUGGCAAAACUCUAACCAAUUAUGAUUUAGAAUGACUAUGCGAUUGUAUAUUGAUCAUCAGAUAUUGAUUUGACUUGGAACUCGUAGCUAUACCUUACACCUGUCUCCUGUUAGGCCAUUAAGGUAGUGAAUUUUAUUUUCUCAUUCUAAUUAUCAUAAGGCUUUUUAGAAAUGGGGUUCCUUUGACCCUGAUAUUACUUUUUGUAAUUCCUCCAUAAUUUCUUAUUAAAUGUGGCUUAUGACAGAAAUGGAAUGCUCACUGAAGAUGACAAUGAAAUCUUUUUUACCGUUUGGUAAUACAGAUAUGUAAACAAGUUAUGAAACAGAAAUUCACGCAUCUUGAUUUGUGAAAGAACUAUUAAAAUAACAUUUCACAUUUGAUAUUUGUCCAUCAAAAUAAUGUAUGCACUUUUUUCUUCAUUUCAUAUGGGAAAAAGUUUGGUUUAUCCCAUAAAUAUUGCAUAGCUUACACAUCACAGACAUCAAAGGAGCAUUUCAGAUAAGGAUUUGUGAUGUAGGUUUAUAUUAGCAUUUUAGUGUAUUUAAUCAGAUUUUAUGUCCAGCGUUGAUUUGUUUCUAUAAUCCCCGGAACAAAAAACUGUUUGAUUCUAUAUAGUGUUGAAGUAGUAGUGCGAGUACGUGUAGUUUGUAGGCUUAUUGUUAUCUGUCUUGAGAAGAGACAAUUGACAAAAAAGUUGGGGGGGUUUUUAAAUUGAAAUUCACAAAUCUUAACAACUGCCAAUAUAACUGAUAUUAUGACAUGUGUGGUAUUUUUGCAUUGUAUGAAAUAUAAAUCACACUGCCAAUUUCAAUGCUAUAUACUGCCAUUUUCCGCUUGUUUUAUGCCAAUAUAUGCUAUACGGGAUAUGAAUAAAAAUAUGUUUAUCUGUA